AAAGGGCCGCGGCGCGACGGCCCGGGGAGCCGAGCGGAGCCUGCGACCCACAAAGCCGCCGCCGCCGCCGCGAUGGGGCUGUGAGGCGUCCGCCCGCGCUCGGUCCUGCGCCGGCCCGCGACUAUGCCCGGCCGCGCCCGCCCUCCGCGCCCUCCCGCCGCAGGACCAUGAGGCCGCGCUCGGGCGGGCGCCCAGGGGCCCCGGGCUGCCGCAGCCGCCGCCUCCGCCGCCGCCCCCGCGGCCCCCGCGGCCGCCGCCUGCCGUCGCCACCGCCGCUGCCGCUGCUGCUCGGGCUGCUGCUGGCGGCCGCGGGGCCCGGCACGGCGCGAGCCAAGGAGACGGCGUUCGUGGAGGUGGUGCUGUUCGAGUCGAGCCCGAGCGGCGACUACACCACCUACACCACCGGCCUCACGGGCCGCUUCUCGCGGGCUGGGGCCACGCUCAGUGCCGAGGGCGAGAUCGUGCAGAUGCACCCACUGGGCCUGUGUAAUAACAAUGAUGAAGAGGACUUGUAUGAAUAUGGCUGGGUAGGAGUGGUGAAGCUGGAACAGCCAGAAUUGGACCGGAAACCAUGCCUCACUGUCCUGGGCAAGGCAAAGCGAGCUGUGCAGCGAGGAGCUACUGCGGUCAUCUUUGAUGUGUCUGAAAACCCAGAAGCUAUCGACCAGCUAAACCAGGCCUCAGAAGACCCACUCAAGAGGCCCGUGGUGUAUGUGAAGGGUGCAGAUGCCAUCAAGCUGAUGAACAUUGUCAACAAGCAGAAAGUGGCUCGAGCAAGGAUCCAGCACCGCCCUCUUCGACAACCCACUGAGUAUUUUGACAUGGGAAUUUUCCUGGCUUUCUUCGUGGUGGUCUCCUUGGUCUGCCUCAUCCUCCUUGUCAAAAUCAAACUGAAGCAGCGACGCAGUCAGAAUUCCAUGAACAGGUUGGCUGUGCAGGCUCUGGAGAAGAUGGAAACCAGGAAGUUCAACUCCAAGAGCAAGGGGCGCCGGGAGGGGAGCUGUGGGGCCCUGGACACACUCAGCAGCAGCUCUACAUCUGACUGUGCCAUCUGCCUGGAGAAGUACAUCGAUGGAGAGGAACUUCGGGUUAUCCCUUGUACUCACCGGUUUCACAGAAAGUGCGUGGACCCGUGGCUGCUGCAGCACCACACCUGCCCUCACUGUCGGCACAACAUCAUAGAACAAAAGGGAAACCCAAGUGCCGUGUGUGUGGAGACUAGCAACCUCUCACGUGGUCGGCAGCAGAGAGUGACCUUGCCGGUACAUUACCCCGGCCGUGUGCAUAGGACCAGUGCCAUCCCGACCUACCCUACAAGGACAAGCAUGGAUUCCCAUGGAAACCCUGUCACACUGCUGACCAUGGACCAGCACAGGGAGCAGAGCCUCUAUCCUCCACAGACCCCUGCCUAUAUCCGUGGCUACCCGCCCCUCCACCUGGACCACACACUAGCCACGCACCGCUGUAGUCUGGAGCACCGGGCCUACUCCCCAGCUCACCCUUUCCGCAGGCCCAAGUUCAGUGGCCGCAGCUUCUCCAAGGCAGCUUGCUUCUCCCAAUACGAGACCAUGUACCAACACUACUACUUCCAGGGCCUCAGCUACCCAGAGCAGGAGGGGCAGCCCCUGCCCAGUCUCACCGCCAGGGGCCCGUCCCGUGCCUUCCCACCGAGCGGUGGCAGCAACCUGCUCUUUCCCACUGUGGUACCUGUGGGCCCCUCCUCCCACCUGGAGAGCGGCAGCACGUCCAGCUUCAGCUGCUACCACGGCCACCGCUCUGUGUGCAGCGGCUACCUGGCUGACUGCCCGGGCAGUGACAGCAGCAGCAGCAGCAGCUCUGGCCAGUGCCACUGUUCCUCCAGUGACUCCGUGGUAGACUGCACUGAGGUCAGCAACCAGGGCGUGUAUGGAAGCUGUUCCACCUUCCGUAGCUCCCUUAGCAGUGACUAUGACCCCUUCAUCUACCGCAGCCGGAGCCCAUGUCGCACCAGUGAGGCGGGGGGCUCAGGUAGCUUGGGCCGGGCGCCUGCUGUGUGCUUUGAGGGCUCUUCACCACCUGAGGAGCUUCCGGUGACACCCGGUCAUGGUGCUGGGUGGGGAGAGCCUUGGCUGGGCCCUACCUCUCCCUCAGGGGACCAGCUGUCCACCUGCAGCCUGGAGAUGAACUACAGCAGCAGCUCCUCCCUGGAGCCCAGGGGCCCCAAUAGCUCUACCUCAGAAGUGGGGCUCGAGGCUUCUCCUGGGGCCGCCCCCGACCUCAGGAGGACCUGGAAGGGGGGCCCUGAGGGGCCGUUGUGUGCCUGCUGCUGUGAGCCCCAGCCUUCCAAACUGGGGCCCAGUGUAGGGGCAGCCAGCAGCAGCGCCUUAUACCUGGGGUCCCCCCUCUGUGAGGGCUGUGGCCCUACAAGUGGGGAGCCGCAGCUAGGAAACACCCAGGGCCUAUAUGGCUUUCAUCCAGACCAUUUGCCCAGGACAGACGGGGUGAAAUAUGAGGGCCUGCCUUGCUGCUUCUAUGAAGAGAAGCAGGUGGCCCAUGGUGGCCGCCAAGGCAGCGGCUGCUACACUGAGGACUAUUCAGUGAGUGUACAGUACACGCUCACGGAGGAGCCCCUGCCCAGCUGCUAUGCGGGGGCCUGGGACCUGAGCCAGCGCAUCCCCAUCAUUCCAGAGGAUAUGGACUGUGACCUGGGCCUGCCCUCAGACUGCCAAGGGACCCACAGCCUCAGCCCCUGGGGUGGGACAUUGGGCCUGGAGGCCCCCCGGCCCCAUAGGGGCCUGGGAGCAACCCGGGAAGAGGAGCAGGUUCUGUGCUGCCAGGCUGGGGUGCCACCACGGCCUGUUUGCCCCCCAGAGGAGGUUUGUUCCACCAAGGCCAGCUUCCCUAAUACCCCCCAGGACACUCAGGAGUCGGUCACCAUGGCUGCUGAAGGUGCAGGAUCUUGCCCAGCAGACAUCAGCAGCACAGGAGCCUGAGCUCAGAAGGAACUCUAAUCUGGAAACUAGGAAUUGUACAGAGAUUCCAACUCUGACUUGCAAAAAAAGGAAAACAAAUCUUUUUUAGCUUUGAUAAACACACAAAAAAAGUGGUAAUAAAGAGAGCCCUCCUUCUCAACCCAAAAUGUGAGCCACCUGUGGCAAAACCAGCCCCCCUGCCCCCCAUUAACAAACCAACAGACAAAAUUCUCUGAGUCCUUUGCCUCUCUUAAUAACAUGUUAUACUGUUUUGUAAAGUGUGUGUGCUUGGGGUUCUGAGGUGUGUGGAAUUGAGUUCUCUGCUUUGUUGUUGUUUUUUUUUAAGAUAUUAUAUGUAAAUGUAAAAAGUUAUUUAAAUAUAUAUUUUAAAAACCCUAACCACCAACUUUUGCUGAAAAAGAAAAAAAUCACUGCUGCAUUAAAUGAACCACAUCGUGUGUAGAUACUGUUGUCUCCCUGGAGGGAGCUCAGGCCUUUGUAAAGCUCAGGGCUACAUCUGCCUUAGAAAAUGAACCAGAAACUUGAAGUAAAGCUAGUUGAUAUGGGUACAAACUCUGAGGAACAAUGCAAAGCUGCCUCUUUCUUUCUCGUGGCAAAUCCCAGUGUACAAAGUGUUGGGGGUCUUCUUGGAAGCCAUUCCUCUCCAGCCCACACCUUUAGGCAGGUGAUGGAAACAGCUAGGAAUAGGGUGCACAAGGUCUGCAGCACUGGGCACUCACCAUGAGCCAAUGCUCCAGAAGCUCUAGGAUGACAGAGUAUUUCAACCUAGUAUUUCAACCUGUCCCCUUGAAUAAGUCCCAAGUAAAUUGACAGAGUUCAUAGCUCUGGGCAGUGUUCAUGGGGUCCUCUUUUUGAACUCUAACUCCUGGGGCAGAGAAAAGGAGGCUGUCUGCCCUGAGUGGUCUUGACAUUGGAGUCCUUUGCAAAAAUAUUUUGGGCUUCCUGCCACUGGCUGCAGAAAUGGCUUGAUGGGUGUAUGGGGGCAAACACCCCGGAGGAAUAUAGUUUUGUGGCCUUGGCGUCAGAUGGGGCUUGGGGGAGUGCUUUCCACCAGCCCUGCUGGGGUGUGCCUCUAUGCGCAUGGGUCUGUGUGGGGGCAGCCACGCCCCUCAGCUGCUGAUUCCGUGGGCUGCCUUCCCGGGGCACAAGCCCAGACCCAGACCCCACAAAGUCUGCACUGAGCUCCCUUUGAAUGAUACACUUCCCACCUGCUUUCCCCAUAGAAGCCCUGCUUCAGGGUUACUCAGCCCUCUGCCUCUGCGAAGUUGCUCACCUCACCUGCAGAUGUCUACUAUCCUGGCUACCUAAUGCACUAUUUUGUAUUGAUUUUCUGUGAGACAGAGAGGGAGACUUGUCAGAUAGUUAGACCCCCAAGGGUAAGUUUUUGUAUAUUUUUCCAACCUUUUGGGUUUUUUUUUAAAGGUGGUGGAGGGAGAGUUUAAAAACCCAACCGUUUUGUGUAUAAGAUGUUUCAUUUUUAAAAGGGAGAGAGAAUCUAUUUAAAGCUAUUUCAGAUCAGGGAUUGUCAUCCUUUUUGUCCAAUGUAUUCCUUGUUCUUAAAAAAAAUUUUUUAGAGGAAACUGUAUUAUCCCUUGUGUUCACUAACUCUUCUGGUCACUAUUAUUUCUUCAGAUAUUUAUUGGCCAUCUAGAACAGUUUGGCCCAUUGGGUCUAAAAGCUCAUGGCCCCUAUGGGUAGGGAAAUAAGGACCACUCUGAGUUGCCAGGCAGCUGCAAUGAACCCUCCACUAAGGCUCACAGGGUGUUGGCCCAUGGCCCAUACAAGAAUGAGAAUCUCACUAUAUCAGAAUGCUUUUUUCUUAAAAGCCCUGGUGUGAUGAGGAAAUUUACUUACUUCUAGCCAGGAUUUGACAAAGAAAUUCUAGUAUCAAAUGAUCAAAGCUACUUAGGGACUCACUGCUGUGAGAUUUGUCCUCCAACUUCUGGGGUGCAAUCCCUUAGGAGCUGCUUCCCAGCGCUGUGCCCAGCACACCUGUUGGUGAGGGUAUGAGAAGCACCUAAGCUGUUGACAUGUGAUCCCAGCCGCCUUUAUUUCUCAGGCCAGGAGUAGCAGCUGCUGAGGACAACAGCUUGCAUGAUGUGGUUUUAGGAAAGGGGGGGUUAUGGCUUUUAACAUGAACUGCAAAAAGCAGCUUCUCAUUGUUGAGAUAUUUUGUUUGUGGUUUUCCUUUGUUUUUUUUAGAGACAGAGUCUCACUUUAUGGCCCUCGGUAGAGUGCCGUGGCCUCACACAGCUCACAGCAACCUCUGGGCUUAGGCGAUUCUCUUGCCUCAGCCUCCCGAGCAGCUGGGACUAUAGGUGCCCGCCACAACGCCCGGCUAUUUUUUUGGUUGCAGUUUGGCCGGGGCCGGGUUUGAACCCACCACCCUUGGUAUAUGGGGCCGGCGCCUUACCGACUGAGCCACAGGCGCCGCCCAGUUUUCCUUUGUUUUUAAUGCCUUUGUAUAUUAUCUUCCUUGUCUGAAACCAUACUCCUAAAGGGGCUUUUUAUUUUUUUUAUUUUUAUUUAUUUUUUAUUUUUUUGAGACAGAGUCUUGCUCUGUAUCCCUGAUUAGAGUGUAAUGAUGUCAUCACAGCUCACAGCAACCUCUUAACUCCUAACCUCAAGCCAUCCUCCCGCCUCAGCCUCUCGAGUAGCUAGGACUACAGGCCUGGCUUAAUUUUUCUAUUUUUUAGUCGAUAUGGGGUCUCACUCUUGCUUAGGCUAGUCUUGAGCUCCAGACCUCAAGCACUUCUCUGCCUCAACCUCCCAGAGUGCUAAGAUUACAAGACAGGGCCACCACACCUGUCCUAAAGUAGCUUUCUUAAGCCCUGGCUAGAAAACCACUUCUUAAUAGCCUUAAGUAAUAGAUAGUAGAGAAUGUGGCUUCCACUGGGCUUACUAAAAUAAAUUUUUCCAUUUUUCACUGAAAAAAUGGUGACUGCAGAUGGCAAGAGAAACAUUUAACCUUUGUAAUUCACAGGUGGUAGAAACAAAAAUGAACUUUUAAAACCUUAAAUAUCAACCAUUGUCUUUUAGAUUUGUGUUGGCUUAUGAACCAGGGUGACCACAGGAUAAAAUAACCAAAUAUCUUACUUCAUCACCAUUUAAAUCAAAAGGAAUAUCUUCUUUGAAGUUGAAAGACUCCAAUAAUAAGGAAUUUUUUCCGUGGACUCAGUGGUGUGCAGUGGUUAUGUAGUCUCGGAAACUGGGAGCAUCUCCUUUUCCACUGAGAACCCCACUAAGUCAGGGUGUGAUGGUUAGGCAUGGCCAAGUGACCCAGGCCUGGGUGUAGGACAGCCAUAGAAACUUAAAAGUCCUAGAACCAGCUAAAAAUGGAAGAUUGGAUGUUCUAACCAAGGUACUGUGUAUGGAUAUAGCGCGAGUAAGUUGGCUUUAACUCUCUCAGUCCCAUCCUACUGUCCUCCAAACCCAAGUCCUUUUAUUAAGCUCCAUCUCAUGUCCCACUGCUCAGACCCCCCCCCCCCUUAUGUGCUGCUAGUCUCUACUUAAAGUUCAUGCAAGACUAAUGCUUUUAAAAUAAGGUCUAAGAAAGAAUUGCUAAUCAAGAGUAUUGUUUUUUAAACAGAACCGCCUUUUUCUACUCUUUAUAAACUAUUGUGUUGGUCUAACAAGGCACUAUUUAAAAAAGAAUUUUUUUUUUAAAUUUCUCCCAUAGCACUUAAAGAUAUUUUGUAAAGACUUUGCUGUAAAGAUUUUGUAAUAAAAUGGUCUAAGGGCUCUUUUCCAACAUUACCAUUUUUAAAAAACGUUUUAAAAGCUAGAAAACAACGUAUGUAUAUUCUGUAUAUGUAUAGCAGCACAUUUCAUUUAUGGAAAUAUGUUCUCAGAAUAUUUAUUUACUAAUAUAUUUAUCUUAAGCCAUGUCUUAUGUUGAGAGUGUGACAUUGUUGGAAUAAUCAUUGAAAAUGACUAACACAAGGCCCUGUAAAUACAUGAUAAUUGCACACAGAUUUUACAUAUUUGCAGACCAAAAAUGAUUUAAAACAAGUUGUAGUCUUCUAUGGUUUUGUAACAAGUUGUACAAAUGACUGUAAAAAAAAAUACAAUUUUAUCAAGUAUGUGUUA